AUGGAGACUGGGCAGACAGUUUCUUUCGGGCCCUAUGGUGGACAAGGCAUUCGUUGGGAUGACGGAAAAUACAGCACGAUAAGAGAAUUAAUUAUAUAUACUGCCAACGAAGAAUUUUCUGCCAUCAAAGCUGUCUAUGAUGACAAAGGAAAGGAAGUAUCGGGAAAAACAAACGGUAGUAGUCUCCGAACACCAAACUCGGUGAAAUUAAACUAUCCAACCGAGUACCUCAUUUCAAUAUCGGGUUACUGUGGGUACUUUUUAAAUACUUUUCUUGUUGUGAAAUCUAUUACAUUACAAAGUAAUAUAAGGCAAUACGGACCAUAUGGCAAGGAAGAAGGAAGUCGUUUUAUAACCCCGUUAACUGCUGGCAAGAUUGUUGGAUUCUUUGGAAGGGUGGGUGAACGUAUGGAUUCGAUUGGAGUACACAUUAAGCCAUUCCAAAUUACAAUACCUAGUGUUGGUCCAUUUGGAACUACCAGUGGACAACAGUGGGAAGACAAAAUCUACAGCACGAUAAGGGAAAUAAUUAUACACUCCGGAUGGUUAAUUGAUUCCUUCCAAGUUGUUUAUGAUAUUGAAGGAAAACCACUAUUGGGUGAAAAGCGUGGUAGUGACGGCGGACAAGAAACCAGGGUCACGUUAGACUCGGAUGAAUAUUUGCUUUCAAUUUCGGGAUACUAUGGAGAUGUAGCUAAUAAGAUUGUUAUCCGGUCGCUUGGAUUUCAAAGCAACAAAAGAACGAUUGGACCAUUUGGCAUGGACGAGGGAGAGAAAUUUGAAUCCAUAUCCACUGGUGGCAAGAUCAUCGGAUUCUAUGGAAGGUCCGACAAGUAUCUUACUUCAAUUGGAGCAUAUCUCGACAAGUGA